AUGGAGGCGGAGGAGAUCAAGACCAAGCCUCACAAGCAGCUGGUGGUGCACCAGUACUCCACAGGCAACACCAAAGAGCAACACAAGGAGGCCACCAGACUACUUGCCCUGCCCAACCUGGAGCUAGAGGCCAUUGAUUGUAACCACAGAGUUGUGGUCUGGAACCUCGUUGAGCACUGGCAGUGGGAGAAUGUCUAUGAAGUUGUGCCAGCAGCUGCAGGGAUGGAACUCAGCUGGAUCAUCCUUGACCACAUCUCCAGCUUCAAGAACUACAUCAACUUGGCAGGCUCAGUCGUCCUGAAUGCUUUUGAGAAGGCCCUGAACUACUACACCCUUGGCCAAAACCCACUCUUCCAGAUCACAUGUGGCAAAAAAACUGUUACCAACUACAAUGCUCUUGCUGAGCACCUGAAAACACUUGAGGGUCAUGCUGCACCAAAGCCCACCACUCUGCAGAAUCUUAUCAAGGAACUCAAUCACCUCGUUCCAGAGGGUCA